GACACACCGAGAGUAGGAGUGUGAGUGAUUUAGGGUUUAACAAGGGCUUUUCGCCGGAAACAGAAAACUCCGUCGAUUCAGAAUGCGAAGAUCGAUCGCGAGCCUGGGCGGGCCCCUCAGCCGAGGGUUCAGCACGACUUCGUCGUCGGAGAAAAUCGUCGCCUCCGUACUCUUCGAGAGGCUCCCGGUUGUUAUCCCCAGAAUCGACCCCGUCGUCUAUGCAUUUCAGGAGUUCUCGUUUCGGUGGCGACAGCAAUAUCGACGGAGAUAUCCGGAUGAAUUGUUAGACAAGUCUAAUGCUAGGUGAGGUUUGUUUCGAAGGUUGAUUAGUUCAUUGGAUUUGUUAACUUUGAUCACGACUGCAUUGCGUGGCCGUUCUUUUAUUUCUAGUUUAUCAAGCACUUUUCCGGCUGUAGCCUUCUUUUAUUUCCCUUUCUGGAUGCUGGACUGUCCUGAGCUGGAUUAUGAUUAUCUGGCAUCCCCAACAACGAUGGACUUAUCUUACAGUGUGAUUUUAGAACAUACUAUUCCUGAGAGGGAGCACAGUCCUGCAGUUGUAGCAAGGUGUGUGCCACUUUUGAAACGAUACCUUUUAAGGUACAAACCCAGCGAAGAGACAUUACUGCAGAUUGAUCGGUUUUGUGUAAACACUAUUGCUGAAUGUGAUAUUGGUCCAAACCGGAAAUUGUCUCCAUGGUCACAGUCGGUUGCGUCAACAGCAUCUACAAAUACUCUCCCUUUGUCUGUACCUAGAUUUGCUUCUGGGACUUGUGUGAAGUCAUUGAACUAUGUGCGCUCUCUGGUGUCUCGACAUCUUCCAAGGCGAUCAUUCCACCCGGGUGCUUUUUCUGGAGCUCUGUCUGCAACAAGACAAUCCCUUCCGAGUUUGUCAUCUUUGUUGAGUAGAUCCUUCAAUGGGCAGCUAAGCCCUGCACGCAGUGGGGAAUCUUCGGAGAAUAAAGAUGUCACAACUAUGUCUAUUUUGAACCUAUCAAAUAUUGAAAAGGUUGAUGGAAUGAAAGAUCUUGAAUGCUUUGCACUGGACGUUCUCAGGUGGCGCUGGCUUGGAGAACAGCGGUCAUCAUUAUUGCUAACUGAAAGUGAUCGCGUUGCAAAUUCCCAAGAAAUGAGAACAUAUAAUCUCCUAGAAGUAGGUGUAGCAGCUCUACUUGUAGGAGAUUUGAAAGCUAAAAUGAAAGGUCAACCUUGGAAGUUUUUCGGAACAGCUGAUAUGCCUUAUCUUGAUCAACUGUUGCAACCUUCACCAGUAUCCGCAAUUACUGAUUCUUCUGCGGCACAUGCCCACCUGAUGGCAAUAACAGCAUGUAAACGCACUAAAUCCAGCCCUAGUCAAAUAUGAUGUGUGACAUACUAUUCUCUCAAUUGUGCUUGAGAGUUCCUCUUCCUCCUACAAGUGCAACAGAGGUAGGCGAAGACGCACAUCGUGGAAGGGUUCUUUUUCGCAUGGAUGGUAAUAAGAAGGUUGACGAUAAGGAUAAUUACCAGGAUGCGUCUACCGAAGAAACUAGUGGCAGAUCUGGCCAGGGUAACAAUCCUCUAGAACAUGGGACAGAAUCAAUGGCAGCACUGCUUCUUCGAGGACAAGCUAUAGUUCCCAUGCAACUGGUUCACGUGUUCCUGCUGCUUUGUUCUAUUGGCCAUUGUUUCAACUUGCCGGUGCAGCUACGGAUAAUAUAGCAUUGGGUAUAGCGGUUGGAAGCAAGGGACGAGGGAACCUUCCCGGGGCUACGUCUGACAUACGGGUUACCCUUCUGUUACUUCUUAUCGGUAAAUGUACUGCAGAUCCUACUGCUUUCCGGGAAGUUGGAGGGGAAGAAUGUUUUAGGGGACUCUUAGAUGAUACAGACUCGAGGGUAGCAUACUACUCCUCAGCCUUUCUUUUAAAGCGAAUGAUGACAGAGAAACCUGAAAAGUACCAACACAUGCUUCAGAAUCUCGUUGUUAGAGCUCAGCAGAGCAACAAUGAAAAGCUGUUAGAAAAUCCAUACCUUCAGAUGCGUGGCAUACUUCAGCUGGCAAACGAUCUAGGAACUGGGUUGUAAUCUGGCAAUGCAGAUUUGUAAACGUUAUUCUCCUCGACCUUGUAGAAGAUGCUCCCAAGCCCAGCUUCAUGCUGCCACUGUAAUGCUCAAAAUGGCAUGUUCAAAAUGCAUGAUACUCAUUGGGGUCUGAUUUCUGAAUGUACUUGAAGGGGCUACGAUAUUGAUUUGAUGUAUGUGAUUCUGGCCCAAAAAAAAAAAAAAAAAAAAACAAACAACCAGAGCUGGGACCCCAAAUCACAGUGGCCCAAAAAAACAGGAGGUGCAUUCAUAGGUUGGUUACUGCAGGAAGUUUUGCCAAUGGAAUACAUUGCUCCAAGAUUGACAAAAUUUGCCAAGAUCAUUAGAAAAUGGUGAGCCAGAAUGGUAUCUACUUCGCAGAUCUUCCUCUCAGAUCAUUGUACAGUUAUGUAAUGACUUGUUCAGGGAGAUACCCUCUGUUUUGUAAAAUAUUAAGUUCAUGUUCAGCCAAAGGAUUCUAACUGGAGGCUUGUUAGCGAAGAAGUUACAAGUUCGUUCAGGAAUGUUUUGGACGUGUUCAUUGUUGUUCACAUUGGGAGUCAUCGUCUCAGCCAUGUAGCUUAUGUCCAGGCAGUUAAUGUGCUUUACAGUGACAAGAGACUUGGUGGAAACUCUGGGUAUUAUACUCUGUACAGAAUCAAGAUUUCUAUUUCCCCCCAAGCCUUCACUUAAUUUUUUGUCAUUCCUGAAGGCAAUCUUGAUGCUGGCUUUUAUGAAGGCUUGAUUAUGACAUUUUUUUAUUGCAAUCCCUAACAUAGAGGUUCAUAUCCUGACGGCGACAGAACGAGAACGUAAUGAAAUCUUGUCUCGUCUUGUAUGUUCAGUGGGGACUCUAUGCGAGAGGGUUU